AUGGCAUACAGAAGAAGACAAGGUCUAUCAAGGGCUUCCACCUUCAAGGAAGAAUUUCAUGAAUCAUUGGAUAAUGUUAAGGAUUCUGAGCAUGAAAAUGUGUCCCUACCUUCCUUCUCUUUAUCUUCACCAUCACUUGCUGCUCAAGCCAUCAAAGCCUCUGCUGCUACGCAUCAACCAUCUCUUGCUUUUUCUUUCACCCCUUCCUCUGACUCUGAUCAUCAACGAUCCAAGAAUUUUGAUGCUGAUGGAAAUGGAGACUCCAAGUCUGGUUUCUGGGGUGUCCUGGCUCAGAAAGCCAAAUCAAUUCUGGAUGAUGACAAUUCAACCCCACAACAUGAUAAUACCAUUCCCCAAACACUCAAAUCACGCUCAUUUAAUACCUUUACAAGUCCUUCUGCAGCUCAGAACUUCCCUUCACAGUUCAAGCCAUUAUAUCAACCCCCUGACUCUAAUAGAAAUAUGGACAAUCCUACAUUUCGGAAGGGCUUGGAUGCAAUCACUUCUUCCCUCAAUCAACUAGGUGACACCUUUGAGAAGGCUUUUGAGGAAGGCCGAACAAUGGUGGAGAGUAAGACAGCAGACCUGAGAACUCAAAUCAGAAGAAAAGGAAAUGGCCCUGAGGACAUAAACCAAUUUUCAGAUGUGAGGAAUCCAUGGCAGCAAUCAGCUCAGACACAGAAUCUAUCCAGCCAAGAAACACAACUCAAGGCAUCUCGCGACGUGGCAAUGGCAACAGCUGCCAAAGCAAAAUUACUUCUUAGAGAGCUAAAAACCGUCAAAGCAGAUUUGGCUUUUGCUAAAGCACGGUGUGCUCAGCUCGAAGAAGAAAAUAAAUUACUCCGGGACCGAGAGGGUAGCCAGAACCAGAAGGGACAUAACCGUGAAGAUGAUGAUCUGAUCCGGCUUCAACUGGAGACACUUCUGGCUGAGAAGGCUCGUUUGGCAAAUGAGAAUGAGAUAUAUUCUAGGGAAAACCGUUUCCUAAGAGAAAUAGUGGAAUACCAUCAGUUGACUAUGCAGGAUGUGGUGUAUCUGGAUGAGGGCAUGGAAGAAGUUACAGAAGUUUACCCUAUAGAUGGCAGUGGGAUAUCCCGUUUGCUAUCAAUCUCCCCGGGCUCAGCAUCACCACCAUCGCCGGAUGAGGUUAUUCUGCAGUCAUCAAGUCCACCACCUAUGCUGGCAAGAGAAAUGUAUCCUGUGCCAAAAGAAGAUGAUAAGGAACUUAAGAGUAUACCAGAAGAUGAGGCUCCUCCCAGUAUUUCAGUUUCCCAACAUGCAAAAUAA